UCUUACGCUACCGGGGGAAUAGCCGGAGCAGCGGGGAUGUCAACCUCGGCCGGGACUUCGACAUUGGUGUUCUUUUGAGGGCAAUCGCGGGAAAUAUGGCCAGCUUCUCCGCACUGGUAGCACGUCUUGCCAGCAGUGUUGAGAGGACCACCAUUAGGUGCUGUGCAGUCUCUAGAGAUGUGACCAAGUUUUCCACAGGCGUAGCAUUUCAUGGCCUGGGCUUGGCAGUCCCGUGCGAAGUGAUUCGGUCCACCGCAUUUAUAGCAGGUAGCCGGCCGGGGCCCACUAGCAAAACCGCCCCGGCCAAAACCACCGUAGCCGCCACGGCCAACCGGGGCACCGCGUCCGAUUCCCACACCGGCAGGGUUAGGGCAUGCUCGGGCAAGAUGACCAGGCUGACCGCAGUUGUAACAGCGGCCGUUACCACCAGCACCACUCAAGCGCAGAGUAGGGCAGUCGGCCUGGACGUGUCCAAGCCCUUGGCAGUGAUAGCAUUGCUUCGCCUCGGUGGUACGAGGAAGGGGGCAUUGGUUGGACUCAUGUCCUAUAAAGUAUGCGCUGUUAGCUAAAAUGGGGAGGUGUAUGGGAGGAGCUUCUUAGGGGACAAAAGCCUUACCCGGCUGUUUGCAGUUAUAGCAAAGGCGCUCGGCAGAGGAGCAGACUUCCGCGUAGUGGCCAACAUUGCCGCACUUGUAGCAUGCUCGACGAGAUAAAGAAGACAUUGUGAUUAAUCUGUGAGUCUGUAUAGUUCAAUUA